CUUAUGACAGGGCUCUCACUUGAGAUCGUUUCUACGGAUACUUUUUAUGUAUAUUGUGGGGAGCACCUCAUCUCAUUGAAGUGAGCAGUCAUGGUGAGACAUAACCUUGCACCAACAGUAAACUGUGACUUGAUUGAAACACUAGAAGAUGAUGAGGAUGAUGAUGGGGAGCUAGACGAAGUUUCUUUGAAUUCCGAGUCUAGUCAGGCAGGAGGACUACAGUUGCAAACAUGGCCGACCGUCAUAGGAGUGGUUCAACUAUGUAACGGCUUCAUCACAGCUAUUUUAGGUACUCUGGAGUUGUUUGUCAUCCCCCUUGUGGAGUACCCUGAUUCACCAGUCAACCUACAUCUUGGCAAAGACAACUGCUAUGGAGCUGGACUUUUGGCUGGAUUUUUUAUGAUAUUAACAGGAAGUGCAGCCAUCAGAUCGUCCAUCAGUCGACGGCCAACCUCUGUGAGGAAAUUUUUCAACUUGACGUUGUUUACACUUGUGCUAUAUAUGGCUAUCACAGUGCUGCUCAUUGUUGGCUAUGCUCUCGACUGGACAAAACGAAACCAGUACAAGGAGGGCAGUAGGGUGUAUGAGGUACAUAUAUUUGUCACCAUCAGCACUGUACUUGGAUUUCUCUUCUGCAUUGCUGCCUUUAUCCAAUACUAUGAGAUUGUAUUCUUCGGACAUUUCCAGUUGUGUCGACGAUGGAUAUUAUGUUUAUGUCCAAGUCUAGCUGAGGUACCAGCUAGAAUGCGAAGUCCAUCACAAGAGGGCCUCCUGGACAGCGAUCCCAGUAGCAUGCCAGUCUGAAUGAAUGAACAGUGAAAGAUGGAAGAAAGGAAAUGAUAGGCUUGGAGUAACAGACGUGUGCAUGAACAAGGACAAUUUUAUACAACCUAUUUAAAUGUUUAUAAUAUUACUCUUCGUAAACUAAUGAAAUAAUUGAUUUAAAAUUUAUACAAAAUUUUCAGGAGACUUAAGUACAUCAAGAAACCAUUCUAGGUGGCUGAAAUAUUAAAUAAUUCUAUAUUGUUAAACACUUGAAACAAUUACUGAAUGAUAUACUUAUAAACAACAUUCUUAUAUAUAUAAACAAAUAUGUUAUCUUUACAAAACAUACUCUAUGCUGAUGAAGGUUACUUUUUCGUAUAUAGAGAAUAUAGACAAUUGAUUUUAGAGAUUUUGAACAGAAAGACAACUGAAUGAGAAUGUAUGUAAUGACAUUCUUGGAAUGUGUAUCUGACAACAUAAAUACCUAACACAAAGGAAAUGGUAAUUUAUCAAAUUAGUGUAGUGUUAUAGGGCAGAGCCAUUCUGAUAAACUUCUGAAAUUGAUCAUAAAUUCUAAAAUUGUUCAAAAUGUGAAUUUUUUUACAUAUAUUUUGGAUAGUUGAACUGAAUCUCAAUAGGCAAUUAUCAGAGGUAUUAGGAAUUUACCUUUGAAAAGGAAUAUUUGUACUGAAGCCUUUAGAUCUACUUUAUAUGUCUCAAUUAAGAUUUUUAACAAUUGGUUCUGAAAUUUUGUGUUUCGUGUUUAGUGUACUAGCAAAACGUUUAAGUUUUUUCUUGAAAUCUUUAACUAGCUCCUUCUGUGUAAAUUAUAUAGCAAUAGAAGUGUUAUUUGAGUAGAGAAAUUGCUCCAAUUUGAGCAAGACUUGAUACCAUGGCUAUGUUAUGAAGUUCAGUAAGGUUUGACUUUACUGAAAAUGUCGCAAAUAGGUGUUUUCUUUAUAAUUUGACAGACUUAAGAAAACUUUUAUUGAACAGAUACACGGUAUAAGUAUUAAAAAGUCUAAACAUGUUUAUCAGCAAUUCAAUGUGAGUGAUUGUGAUUGUGAAGAAUUACAGAAGAAUAAGUUAUAUAUUGUACAUUGAGAGAGAGGGAGAGAGAGUGAGAGAGAGAGAGAGAGGGGGAGAGAGAGUGAGAGAGAGAGGGAGAGAGUGAGAAAGAAGAGAGGAUUGGAAAAAAUGUUUACUUGGAUACAUUUCGGAGGUGUGUAUUUCUGGAGUUUUAUUUGUCGAACAAAGACUCUACAGAGAUUUACAUGUGUGUGAAUUCCAUCACAAUCGAUUAUCAGACUUUUCUGACAGUAAGUUUAUACCAUGGGUCUGAUUUAGUCUAAACUGUUAAUUAAACCCAUGUAAGAGAUAUAGUGAAAGGUUACCUCCCUUGUUUUAGUCCUUGGUCUUUCAUUGACUCCCCAGACGAGGUAUUGCAGGAUGAAAGUGUGAAAAUAAGUGAUUUAGAAGACUAGGGAAACUAAUAGCAAAAUACAUAACCAACAUGUGGUGUGUAAGGCUGGUACAUGUAAUUACUGGUCUUCAUCCACUUCUUGGCAAGAGAUAACUUCAGAAUAAGCUUGACCAAUUAUGUAAAAUCUAGUAAACCAGAGGUUCAAGAUUUUAUCCAUAGCAAGGCAAGAAAUAAAAUACUGACAUCUUACAAAUGUAUAUAUGUGAAGUAUGGAAGGAUUGAGAGUUCAAAUUUUUCUUUAAAGUAUCCCAACUUAUGUUUGGUGCAGAAAUUGUUAUACUUUAUGAUAUUCAUUUAUAUAUUAAUAAAUCUAUGUAUUUUUUCUUCUUUUUUUUUUUUAAAUAAUGCUUACAGAAAGAACCCCAUCUGUUAACCAAUACAACAUUUAAUAA